UGCUCAAACAUGCCCAGAUUACUAUUCAAGAUGGCGGAUGUCUUAGUCCGUGUUUUCUUGCAGACAAAAAUAACGUGACCUUGAACAGGCAGGUAUAUUAAACUGCGAUGGCUACGGAGCCAACGGUAUCUAGCUCUCAUGUUGAACACCUCUUAGCGGAGAUUGAAUCAAGUGACGGUCUCCUCGGACCAACGUUAAGAGCCGUGUAUGAUGGAGAGCAACACACUGAAUUUAUGGACAAGCUGGAGGAACGAAUACGAGUUCAUGACAAGGACAUCGAACGGAUGUGCAACUACCACUAUCAAGGUUUCAUCGAGUCUGUAAAUGAAUUGCUCAAAGUGCGUGGAGAAGCUCGAAAACUCAAGAUCAAAGUAAAGGAAGUGAAUGAAUCCAUGCAAGAAUCAGGACACGAGCUUACAAGCAAGUGUGAAAAUUUGAUACACUGCCGUACAACUCAAAGAAACAUUGUAUCAGCCAUAGAAACCCUCAGCCUUUGUUUACCAGUCCUAGAGAUGUACGCAAAACUAAAAGACCAGAUGAAAAACAGAAGGUACUACCCAGCUUUAAAAACUCUGGAGCAGCUUGAACACACAUAUCUUCCCCGGAUAAAAAGAUUCAGAUUUGCAGAGAUCAUGCAGGAAAGUAUCCCUGUUCUAAGAAAACACAUCAAAGAAGCUUCAAUGGCUGACCUAAGGGAUUUUCUUGAGAAAAUCAGAAAGGUUUCUGAGAAGUUGGGUUCAAUAGCAAUGAAGCAGGCAAUACAAAAGAACAACCUAACACUGAUGCAUGGAGUUGGUUUGAAGAAGAAAGGAGAGGACGAAGAGUUGGACAAAUCUGCUCAGGAUUUGGUGGAUUUUUCUCCAGUCUACAAGUGUUUAUACAUUUUCACUGUUGUUGGAGAAAGAGAAACCUUUGAUAACUACUACAGGAAACAAAGAAGAAAACAAGCUCGACUUGCAAUGGAACUCAGUCAUGGAAUUAGAGAUGGAGGCCUUGAGGUCUACAGAUCUUAUUUUCAUCAAAUUGUAGGGUUUUUUGUUGUUGAGGAUAUAAUUCUGCAUACAACCAAGGGUUUAGUAACAAGAUCAACAGUUGAUGACCUUUGGGAAAUGGCAGCAAACAAGAUUGCUCCUGUGCUCAUCACAUGUACACAAUCGAGUUACUGUGAAGAGCCUUCACUUCUCUUAAAAGUAAAAGAACUCAUUGUGUGGUUUUGUCACACAUUGUCGGGUUUUGGAUUUAAUGUAAAUAAAAUUUUUGAUGUCCUUCUUGAAAUGAGGCAUCAGUACAAUGAAAUUUUAUCAAAGGACUGGGAAGCUAUAUUCAAGAAAAUUUUUGAUGAAGAUAAUUAUGCACCAAUGAGCUGUCAAGAUGAGAGUGAAUACAAUGAUCUGCUGAGGGAAUUUCCAUUUGAUGACACAGAGAUACAUGGAACAAAGGAUCCUUUUCCAAGGCAGUUUCCAUUUUCUGAAGGUGUGGUUAAAGUUUAUCAAGAGGUCAAACACUACAUCAAGUCGUGUUUAAAAUUCAAUGAAAACCUUAAUGUCAGUCAAACUGAAAUUGGAGAUUCAGUGAGGAAGUCAACAAAUUUGCUGCUAACAAGAACACUGAAUGGUUGCAUCACAUCCAUUAUUAGAAGACCAACAAUGUCAAUUCCACAGCUCGUUCAAAUGUCCAUCAACACAGUUCAUUUAGAGGCGGCCUGUGUUCAUCUUGAAGAGUAUGUUACUAUUGUGACAGGCACUUCCAAUGAAGGGAUAAACGUUUCUCGGGUUUAUGGUUUGUCGUCAUUCAAGGACAUGAGAGCCGAGGCAGAGCAGCAAGUCUAUGAGAGACUCAACAUGAAAAUAGAAGAAUUUUUAGAAUUAGCCAAUUAUAAUUGGGUUCCGUCGAACUCCAGAUCGCAAGCCAGUAGCUAUCUAGUGGACCUGUUGGAGUAUCUCCAUACCACCUUCUUAAACUUCUCUACACUCCCGGGUAACGUGGCACAGACGGCGUGUAUGUCUUCGUGUAAAUAUCUAGCCACCAAGCUCAGAGAGAUGUUACUGGACGACGAGGUGAAACAGAUGAACUCGAAUGGUCUGGACGGGUUCAACCAGGACAUUAGGAAGUGUGAAGAAUUCGUGAAUUCCAAUCCUGUAGAAGGUAUCAGUGACGGCACACUACAGAUGACAUUUCUGGAACUCAGACAGUUGGUAGACUUGCUGUUAAAGGCAGACUGGUCGACAUAUUUUGCUGAUCACGGCUCCACAACAAGUAAAUACAGUCGAGUCAACCCGCAAGUUGUAGCCAAACUACUUGAGAAGAUGAUGGACACAGGAAAGAAAAAAAUGUUGACAUUGAAAAAAGUCGACCGGGACCGCAAAAAACUCAACGAAACAAUCCUGAAACGACUCAAGACCCUGGACGCAGAUUCCUCAGGAGCUUCUAUCAUGUGAGGAAUGAGAGGGACUUAAGGAUCUAUCUUAUCUUUAACGGGAAACAUUCGUUUAUUGACAAUAAAAGAUCUUAGAUGCUCCAGUAACGCGAUACAGCAGGCCAGGGAAUGUUGGAAAGAACCAAUUCAGUAUGUUGCUACCGUAAUUAUGGCUGCGCGGAGCUGAGACUACAAGCACGCGCUUGAAUAACUAACGUCGUAGAACUGGUGUUAUGGCGAAAGGAGUUCGUGAGAUUUCAACCAAAAAGGUCUGAUUAGUACGGAAAAGUGUAGCUUAAAAUGCAAAACUGGAAAUGUUAUUGUGUUAGAGGUUAGGUUGUUCUACUCAAAACUUUACUCCAACAGCUGAUGUUAGCGACUGUCUGACUUGACUCACUAGAUAAAGAAUGAUUCACGAGAUAAAAAUAAUCAGGAACAUUCCAAAAGUCAACAAUGAUGAGAAACUCGAAGCUAAUUUCAAGUGUAUAUAGCAGUAAUUACCUCAUUCGAAAACGAAACCGACGCUCAGCAGCUGUUUUUAUAACUCCCGUCAAUCAUAGCGACUACUAAAGAACAAAGGAAUCUUUUUGGAAAAGAGGGUUAUGCAUACGACAAGAAGAGUUCAUAAUGUUACUUAGCAAUAUUCUGUUAUUGUGGAAACCAUGAUUGGCGGCAGUUAGUAAGAACAGCUGUCAAAUGACAAGAGCAGUUUUCAAGUGAGUUUCGAAAGUAAUCAGGCAAUUACCUUGGUUUCGGUAGUGGUUUUACUACAGUUUGAGAUUUGAUGUGAAGUCUUAUUGGUAAGUAGUUGGUUUGGUUUUGGUGUUACGAUACUCAACUGAAAACCGCUCUAUCUCGCCGAUCACAGCAAACAGUUCUAACGCAAUGAACCAAUCAAAACUAGAGGUAACACAUGGAACCGGCGCUAAGCGCGGGAAAACGCGUAAGCGUUGAUUGGCUGUGAUUGGUCAGGGGUCGCGAAUCCAAUUUUUUUUAGCUCACCAAUCAUAAGUUUAAGGCUCACAUAAUUAUUUUGGAUAGUCAGUUAAAACUACUCUUAGAAUUUCAAUGAUAGUUGUUUAUAAUUUGAACAUCUCUUGUCGUGUUUAGAAUUCUCCUAAUGUAAAUUAACUAACUUAAGCCCUGAAAGACACGCAGUCUGGCGGCAUUCUCGCCAAAUCAGAAUGAAAAGUGGAAGAAAUGAACAAGUCAAGACUUGAGCAAUAGAAUUUGAGUUAAUAUUUCCUCGGUGAUUUGUUAAUUUCAACAGGGAUUAAGGAUUUUUUUGUAUAUUUUUGUGGAUGUUUAUUUUUGGUUAGGUGUUAUCAAGUUUUUCAGUUAUAAGGUUUCAUCCAAAAUACCGCAUCCUCUCUAAAUCUUCAAGCUUUCCUUUGGACUCGCUAUUUUUCAUUCCAGGAGUUUCUUGAUGUAGCCGAGUGGUUCAAAUUAAGUGGAUGGUUAAUUAAAUGUGCCUCCUAAGAAAAAAAUAUUUGACAGGAAAUUUUUCAGUAUGGUGGCCAAGAAUGGACGUCGUACAAAUAUUUGGCACCAGAUAUCUUUCUGUAUUUGGGUUUAAAAAACCUGCAAAUUGAGUUAAUUUCGCAAUUCAGAUUUUAGCGAUUUUUGUACGAAAAUUUUAUAAGUUUAAAAAUAUUGAAUUGUGUACAUACUAUUCACAUGUCAAAUCAUUUAGGUUAAAAUGUUAUCCGGCAAUGUAAAAUUAUUAGGCUAUUAUGAAUUAAAGGUUUCUCUUAAGUAUCGUUUUGA